CCAGGAGUCACCCAUGUGUGGUGACAUGUGACAUUGCCAGUGGUGGAAGAAGUACUAUCUUGUACAUUCUUUCAGGUUAACAGACGAGAACACAUGAACAGACUCCCAGAGAUGAACUACACGAGCUGGCUCCACACAAAGACAGUCAUUGAUGACAGAGAGCUGCACAACCUCGCAGAGAGCAACGUCUCUAAUUCAAAUACCAGAAAUUGUCCAGGGGAGAGAACAUAUAUCUGAACCACCAGAGGUAACAAAGGCUCGGCGUGACCAUGAAGUUAUCUUUUGUUCUGGUUUUUGCCUUCAUCCUCCCGCUCAUCGGGGCUCAGGUGCCCCACUGGGGUCCUUGUCCAGAACCAUCUGUUCAACCGGCCUUCAAUCUUAAACAGUUCAUGGGGAGAUGGUUUGAAAUUGCCAAACUGCCGGCCCAGUUUGAGAAGGGUCGGUGCAUCGAAACCAAUUUCACUUUGAAGGUAGACAACUCCAUUCGAGUGGUCAGCUCUGAAAUACUAAAAGGAGAGCUGAGGAAAAUCGAAGGGACUGGAGUCAUAGAGGAUAUGAAGAAUCCGGCUAAACUGGGAAUAAGUUAUUCCUACGUCCUGCCCUACUCCCCUUACUGGAUCCUGUCCACUGACUACGUGAACACGGCCCUGGUGUACUCCUGCACGGACAUCCUGAGGCUCUUCCAUGUCGACUUUGCCUGGAUCCUGGGCCGAACACGAACCCUGCCGGAAACCACCGUCGAGAAAGCCAUGGAGACCUUCGCCCAGAACAACAUCGACGUGAGCAGGAUGAUUCCCAGCAAGCAGCAAGGCUGUGACAAAACUCUCUGAGUGGCGAUGGAAAUGCAGCACAAGAUGGCGCUGUUGUUGACAGGACAGAGAAUGAUUCAUCAUGUGUUCCAACUCAUCUCUGUAACUCAGUUAUGUGUUACUGAGUUGUAACAACCUUUUUAAGAUCAUACAAAUAUUACCUUGCAUUAUAGUUGUUUGAUGUGAGGGUGUUUAAGUAUAACAGCAUAAGUGAAGUCAUAGUACCACCUUUUUUAUUUCAUCAACACAUCAUCCCUGGUUGUAAUAUCCCAAGCUGAUAGUAAUGUUCUACACAGUUUUAGUCCUUUGAGCUGUUCGUUUUGUCUUAAUAAACAAUGUUUGCUGGAAAAUGGAAAAUCAUGUUGGAAUCAAAUUAUAUUGAUUAAAUCUGAGGUUUAUAGCGCAAACUGGAAGCAUGAAGCAUCUAAUUAGAGUCAAUAAA